AUGGUCCAGAUUGGGAUUAUCGGUUUCAUACUGAUGACGAAUCUCGGUGUGACUAUUUUUGCUGUCAAAAGCUACGGAAGCCGCCAUGGUGUCGGGUUGAUAUACGAGGGCGACUGCUCAACCGUGAAGAGGCUUGACCAAUGGUUGCAUUUGCUCAUCAACUUAUUGGGAACAGGCAUGCUAUCGGCUUCAAAUUAUUGCAUGCAACUGCAGGCUGCGCCAACACGCGAGAACGUGAAUGCUGCUCAUGCGAAAGACAAAUGGCUGGACAUUGGCAUUCCUAGCCUUCGAAACCUAAAAUAUCUCAGCAUGUGGAGGCGGUGUUCGUGGGCAUUGUUGGCGUUGACCUCGAUUCCUAUUCAUCUCAUAUACAACUCGGCUGUGUUCCAGUCACUUUCAUCUCACAAUUACACUGUUGUCGUUGUCAAAGAUUCCUUUUUGAACAAUGCUUCAUGGAGCUUGAAGACAGCAGAAGACAAUCGAGCUGGCGACUACGGCUGGGAAGACACCCGAGUCAACCCCUCAAAUUUAGACUACGAAGAAGUAGUAAAAGCAAUACAGAGGAAUGCAUCCAUCUACGAUGAACGCAACAUAUCAGCUUGUUUCGACUUGUAUGACGACUACUUUAAUCCCCAAGGAAACGCGAUCAUUCUGGUCAAGAAUGAAACUUUACAGAGCCCGCCAGAGGAUAGUCUGCUCUUGUAUGUUUCCAUUGUCCCUCGCUCAGACGACUGGUCCAAGAACAUGUGGGCUCUAGGUAAUGGCACUGGUCACUUUGCGGCUUUGUCACCACCAAAGCCCGUAACCAAAUGGUUCCUUGGGCCUCCAUACUACGAGGUGUCACGAUGUAUCGUUCAGCCGCCAGAAGGGCUCAGCGCAAAUUGUCGAUUUGAAUAUUCACCUCCCAUCAUGUUCACUAUUUGCAUCAUGAACAUGAUCAAAGCGGCCAUCAUGCUGUCAAUAUGGGCCAUGAGGAGAUGGCAGAAUCCCAGAAAGGAAAAUCAGGCGAAGGAGGUCUUAUACACCUUGGGCGAUGCCAUAGCCUCUUUCAUGCGGGAACCAUGCGAGCAAACUAUCGAUAUGGGACUUGCUACAAAUCCUAUAGCUGUGUUUGUCACAUUGCUUGCGGGGCUCCUUCUCGUCAUCAUUAUCAUCGGUAUGGGGCUGCGACGCUAUGAUGGCACAAUGCCAAUGGUGUCGACCAAUAGUCUGGCAAUAAGUGCUGCUUGUCAUGUCCUGCGGGAAGACCAGGAUGGCGGCUAUCUGCUACCUGUUCAGUGGGGAGUUCUCAGUAUGACUGGGGGCGUUGGGAAGUGUGCUUUCACUACAGCGGCGGUCAACACGGUCAAGCUCCCAGAGAACGGCCCAGAUCGAGUCUACAAGUGA